AGAGAGGUGAGUGUUCUCACAGUUUCAAGUCAGUUUAUCUGGAAUCAGGAGAUGUUCUGUUUGCACACAUAUAAAUAUUAAUCUGUUUAAUCUGUACAUUUGUCUGGUCAGCAGCACCAGCUACCAGUUCGAGGUGAUGAAGCUUACUAGAAAUGUUUAUUAGCUAGCGUGCCUCACCGCUUCAUUCAUUGCACUAGCUAGCCAGUAGUAGGUCAAGCUAGCUAGCAAGCUAAAGUACCCAGCUAAUGUGGCGAUGUUUUGUUGUUGUUCCAGGUGAAAGAGCGCCAGGUGAAAGUUGUUAAUCAUGGAUAUUCGACCAAACCACACCAUUUACAUCAAUAAUGUAAAUGAUAAGAUCAAGAAGGAUGGUAAGAAUCACAGUACAUCAUUGUUCCAAGAUCAUGUAGCUAACUACAGCGUUCCUUCAGAGCUAGAUAGCCAUUUAUCCUCUUGUACUGGAGCUGUAGUAAGUUUACAUAGAUUUCUUUGUCUGUGUCAAUGGUGUAUAAGUAACAACCUUUAAAUAACCUUUGGUGUUUCCUUCUAGAACUGAAGCGGUCACUCUAUGCCCUGUUCUCUCAGUUUGGGCAAGUCAUGGACAUUGUUGCCAUGAAAACCAUGAAGAUGAGAGGGCAGGCGUUUGUAGUGUUCAAAGAGCUUGCCUCUUCUACGAACGCACUGCGUCAACUUCAAGGUUUUCCUUUCUACAAUAAGCCCAUGGUAAGUUAUUACUUAGUAGUCAUGCAUGUCAUUUUCACAAGUGGAAGUAGUACAGGGUGGUAUUCAUUACGGUAUACAAGCAAAACGUUUUGCAAUGAAAAUGUGAGUUUCUUUGUGGACAACUUCAGGCAGUUCCUCCGCUUUUCGGUCUGUUUUCUACCAUUUGGUUUCUAGUGAAUACGACCCAGGCCUGUGCUUGGCAAAAAUCAUAUUGUAAUUGUCUCUUUUAUUUUCAGCGCAUUCAGUAUGCAAAGACAGACUCUGAGGUGAUCUCCAAAAUCAGAGGCACAUUUGGGGACAAGGACAAGAAGAAGGAUAGGAAGAAGAAGGCUCAAGAUCAAGUGGCCAACGUGGCCAAGAAACCAGCACUGGUGAGACUAGUAUUGUAUAUGCACAUAGGCUAUAUGACUGCGUCCCAAAUGGCAUCCUAUUCCCUAUAUAGUGACUCUUUUUGACCAGAGCCUAUAGGGCAGGGGUUGGCAACCUGCUCAACUGUGGGUGAUUAUUGUUAUUUAUUUUAAAUGGUAAAAAAAAGGACUGUAAAAUCACCAGGAAUUCAGCUAAAAUUAGUUUAAUUUAGGAAAUCUGUUCCCAAGAGACAUGUCAUCGUGUCUCAAUGUAAUUCAAUGUAUGAAAUGUUUCAAGUUUUAAUGUCACGUGCACAAGUACAGCCUUUCUUGCCAGCUCUAAACCCAACAAUGCAAUAAUCAAUAUCAAUGUAGUACUAAAAAUAACAUUAGGUAGAACAAAAACAGAAAUAAGAAGAACACAAGAAAGUAAGUAAGCUAUAUACAGGGUCAGUUCCAAUACCAUAUUUACAAUGUGCUGGCAUACUGGAGCGAUAGAGGUAGGUAUGUAUAGGUGUAAGGUAACUAGGCAUCAGGAUAUAUGAUAAAUAGAGUAGCAGCAGCGUAUAUGAUGAUUGUAUGUGAGUGCGUGUGUGUAGAGUCAGUAUAGAUGUGUGUACAUGUUAUGUGUGAGUGUGUAGAGUCCUGUGUGUGUGAACAAAUGAAGUGUGUGUGUUGGAGUGUGCAUAGAGAGAGUGCAAAAAUAAAAUACAAGGGUCAAAAAAUUUUUACAUUUACAUUUUAGUCAUUUAGCAGACGCUCUUAUCCAGAGCGACUUACAGGAGCAAUUAGGGUUAAGUGCCUUGCUCAAGGGCACAUUUACGUCAUUUAGCAGACGCUCUUAUCCAGAGCGACUCACAAAUUCUUUGUGGUGGGGUAACGGGGGGUAGAAGGAUUACUUUAUCCUAUCCCAGGUAUCCUUAAAGAGGUGGGGUUUCAAAUGUCUCCGGAAGGUGGUGAGUGACUCCGCUGUCCUGGCGUCGUGAGGGAGCUUGUUCCACCCUUGGGGUGCCAGAGCAGCGAACAGUUUUGACUGGGCUGAGCGGGAACUAUGCUUCCGCAGAGGAAGGGGAGCCAGCAGGCCAGAGGUGGAUGAACGCAAUGCCCUCGUUUGGGUGUAGGGACUGAUCAGAGCCCGAAGGUACAGAGUGCCGUUCCCCUCACUGCUCCGUUGCCGUGUACAAAUUAUUGUAAUUAUGCUCCGGCCCCCGACCAUCCGCUCCGACAAAAUUAGUCCCGAGGCUGAAUCUAGUUGCCUACCCCUGCCAUAGGGCAUGAGUAUAUGUCAACAUAAUGCACAUAGCCAUCCUGUAUGCAUUUGAAUGUAGUCAGUCAUUUUACUCCAACACUAUUUUCACACUUUUUUUCUAUUAACAGGGAUCAGCCAACACAAACAAUGCUCCAACAACCAUGCAGGUAACCUUUCUAGCCCUAUCAAGAAUAAUAACCUAGAAUGUAAACUAGAGCAAACUCAACACCAUAUACAUCUCAAUGGAGUUGAGUUGCGAUGAGUGUCGGCGGAGUGUACCUCCGACUACAUCAAGUCGAUAUCAGUCAAUACUUGUACCUUGUACCUAUGUUUGUCCUGUGUAACUGUGUUAUUUUCUUUGGGUGCUGCCAUCCAUAGUUUUUGGUUAAAAUACCAUUUUAUGUGACGUCUGUCAAAUUGCUCUGUGUAGGGCCCCGUGUAGCUCAGUUGGUAGAGCAUGGCGCUUGCAACGCCAGGGUUGUGGUUUCGUUUCCCACGGGGGGCCAGUAUGAAAAAAGUAUGAACUCACUAACUGUAAGUUCAUACUUGGAUAAGAGUGUCUACUAAAUGACUAAAAUAUGUAAAUAUGUAAUCCACUGUUUUCCAAUAGAAUAUGAAGUUAGUGACUUCAAACAUGCACUACCACGCGAUACUUCUAUAAAUAUAAAUAAUUUAAUGCUAACUGUGUAGCUGUGCUUGUCCUGGUUGUUAUAGAGUUGUCAGUGGGAGUUGGAAUCUAUAGUUUUUUGAUAAGAAAUUGCAUUAUAUGCAUCCCCUGCCCAAAAAAAGAAUCUGCCGUGCAAUGGCGGAGCUGCUCCUUCUCCGUUAACAAACAACGGCUCCCUUGGCGGAGGUCGCAUAAAUACUGUUGUUUUUCCCAAAACUACGGAUUGCAGCAUCCAAAGAAAAUAAUGUAGGUACACAGGAGAACCAUAGGUACAAGGUACGCAUUAAAGAAUGUACAUUUUUUCAAGUAUCGACUGAUACCGACUGUAAUAGGGGGUACACUCCGCCGACACUCAUCGCAACUCAACUCCAUUGAGAUGUAUAUGGAGUUGUUUACUCAGCAAAUGUCCCUUGUGAGUGACUAAAUCACUAGUAAUGAUGGACUCUCUUAAUAAGCUCAGUGUUGCAAUGCCUUCCCUUGUAUUCUUGCAAAAAUCUCUACUACUCUGCUUUAGGAACGUUUUACUGUUUAAUGCGCCCUUUUUGGAUUAACUGUUGGAGUGCUACAGAUAGUCUGGUCUGCUUAUUGACUAAGCUGUAAAAAUGUUCCAUGGGAAGAUUCUAUGCAACAAUUACAGACUGAUUUCUUUGUCUUUUUAGGUUCCAGACAAUCCACCCAACUACAUUUUAUUCCUUAAUAACCUGCCAGAAGAAACUAAUGAAAUGAUGCUCUCCAUGCUGUUCAAUCAGUGAGUAUUGGAUGAUCUUGUUGUCAAAUGAGUAAACUGGCCUAGAUGCCUGAUUGCCUUCAUUCAACAUCGACAACAAUCGUUAUUGAGUCUGGCUGAUGAACUUGUGAAAUAUACAGUACUAUCUUUAUAUCAGGGUUUCUUAAACUAUGGGUAGGGACCCUGGGCAUGUGAGAGAGGUGGGUCGCGAGUUAUGAGAAUACAUGUAUAAUCACACAUGAUUUAAUUUUAAUUUGGGUCGUUUGGAGGAAGGUCCUCUGUAGCUCAGCUGGUAGAGCACAGCGCUUGUAACGCCAGGGUAGUGGGUUCGAUCCCCGGGACCACCCAUACACACACAAAAAAAAUGUAUGCACGCAUGACUGUAAGUCGCUUUGGAUAAAAGCAUCUGCUAAAUGGCAUAUUAUUAUUAUAAGAUUUGGGUCACAGGGGGAUGGUCAAUUUCUAAUUUGGGUACUCUAGCUGAAAAAGUUUAAGAACCUGCUUUAUAUCCUUCACAUUUCAGACUUCACCAUUGCAGGUGGUGAAGCCUUUGAUAUAUUAUAUUUUGUAGCAUGGCAACUGGGGCUCUGUUCAAGAGGGUGCAGAACGUUCAGAUAGAAAGCAUUGUGUAGAUCAUGUCAGCUCUAUUCAUUACAUUUCUGAUUUCUGAACAUUUCACCUCUCUCAAUACACCUGUGAUUUCUCUUUUUCCUCAUAGAUUCCCUGGUUUCAAAGAGGUGCGACUCGUCCCUGGAAAACACGACAUCUCCUUUGUGGAGUUUGAGAGCGAGGGCCAGGCGGGAGUGGCCAAAGACGCGCUGCAAGGCUUCCGGAUUACGGCCCAAUGCGCCAUGAAGAUCACUUAUGCCAAGAAGUAGUCCCCACAAUGACGUCACUGGACAAGGGACACAUAUUGGACUCUGGGUUAGAGAUGGGUUGGACCCCCUGAUUAGUUUUUUCUUUGUUUUUUGUAUCGGCUGUGGAAUCUCUUAGGAGCUUUCGUUGUUUUUUUUACUGAUUUCUGUGCAGUCGCUGUGAGGCAGAGUGAAGAGAAUCCUCUGAUCCUCGUCUCUCUAUCUCUAUUUUGUUUGGCACAGUAAUAAAGGACUUUUGUGUAA